AUGCUCGCCUCGGCAUACCGGGGACCAUCACACGCAACAAGUGGCCUACGUACCGCAGUGUGCCGCACAUACGGCACAACUUCAUCCCCUAAGGCGGCCGAGGGACCCAGCGCGAAUAGCGGCGGGUCGCGCAGCAAAGAGGCCGUCGAGACUGGUUCCAGCCCUACGGCAGGUGUGAUGCCAGACCCGCUGGCCGAUGGCGACGUACGGGGCCGGACCGGUGGCGGGAAGCCGCUUGAGAGCUCGCGGUCCCCGCCGCCCCAGCCCAAGAUCAGCAACGCCAGCGUCCCGGGCUCGCAGCCCCAGCUGACUGAGGAGCAAAAGGCCGAGGUGGACGCGCACAACCGCGAGUUUGAGGAGAAGCACGGCAGGGCCGAGAAGGCCGACAAUGACAAGGUCGAUAAGUCGUUUUGGAGCGGUAAGGGGUCGAGGUAUAAUAAGGACUAAUUCGGGGCAUAUGAAGGAAGGCUAUACACCAGGCGUUUGUGUUGGUUUAGG